AUGAGUAUUCCUGUUAAAACUGUUGUGGAGUUUAAAGACAGACCGGAUCUUGAACUGUCCAUUAGCUCGGUGAGCUCAGAAGUAGACAAAACAUCAGCUGAACCAGAACCUGGACCAUCAGUACAAAUUGAUCUCAAGUCUACAAAGAACGUGUCUAGUACGGAAGAAAAUUUGAAGGACAAACGCCGUUCAAAUGAUAUUGUACACUUCGUCUCCAACUCACAGAUUACUUUCGAGGAACGAGCUGCCACCUUAGAAAAAGUUUGGACUCCACGACCCGCCUUCAAAUUCCCUGGGAGUGGCAAGCGAAAUCUACGAUUUCAAUACAAGUGGCUACAUAGAUGGACAUGGCUUUCGUACUCUAAGGAAGAAGAUGGCGCCUUUUGUAAAUAUUGUGUUCUAUUCGCACCGCAUGGGGCAGGAAAAGGCUAUCAGCCCUUAGGAAAGUUUUGCAAAGAAAAAUUCUCAAAUUGGAAGGACGCCGUUGAAGUAUUUGACAAACCCCAAAACACCGACUACCACAAGAAAUGUCUGCUUCAAGCAAAUCAGCUUGCUCUUGUUUCUAAAAACAGACAAGAUCCAAUCGACCAACAAAUAAAUUCGGCUUUAAAGGAGCAGAUAGAAGAAAACCGAAGAAGAUUCAGGCCUAUUGUUGAAACCAUUAUACUCUGUGGUAGACAAAAUAUACCAUUGAGGGGACACAGAGACCAUGGAGCAAUUGAUUUAGCUGCAGGAGAACCUUUGGAUAAUGAUGGCAAUUUCAGAAGCCUGUUGCGUUUCAGAGCUCUAGCCGGUGAUGAAGGAUUAAGAAAACAUCUUGGAACUUGCAAAAACAAUGCAAUGUACAUAAGUCCUCAAACUCAAAAUGAAAUAAUUGGACUGUGUAAUGAUUUUAUUUUAGACCAGUUGGUUUCUAAAGUAAAUGCAUCCAAGUGUUUUACAGUUUUAGCAGACAAAACCACAGAUAUUGCCGGAAUCGAACAAAUGUCACUCGGCGCUAGAUAUUUUGAUGUAAGAGAAAGUAGAAUUAGGGAAGACUUUUUGCAGUUUGUCCCAGUUAAAGAUGUCUCGGGCAAGGGUAUUGCUACGUCGAUUUUGAAUAGUCUCUCAGAUAUUGGAAUUGAUUUGCAAUACAUGUGA